GUUUUCUUGCGCAACAGCACGCUGUGGCCGUCGUUGCCGUCGUUUUGUUACUAUUUCUAUUAUUGUUGCAUUGCUAUCGUCCACAAACGGUUGCCGUGCCUUCGACAAAAGAAGAGUAAGCGGUCGCACUGAAAAUACCUUCUCUUGCGCUUGGUAUUUUGUUGUUGUUGUCUGUUUUGUUUUCCUUUUGUCGUUUCAUCCCUGCAGCGUGAUGGCGGCACCGAAGACUCCGCUGUUCCUCGACUACACGGAUGUCGCGGUCGACAGCGACUACACCUGCUGCAUCUGCACGAACCCCAUGACGGUGGCCGUUAAGUCAGACACGUGCACGCACCACAUAUGUGACUCGUGCUCCAAGGUGUACCUCGCUCAGUGUCCCCUCUGCCGUUCCGCGCUUGUCUGGUCCUUCGAUGCGCCCUUCACCCUCAAGGUGAAGGCAGAGGUGCAGGCCGAACUGCUGCGGAAGACAGAGGAGCACCUGGCGGUUAUCUCCGAGCGCGUUGCCAAAGCAACGAUAGCCUUUAUCGCCGCGCGUCACUUACAACGCGAGAAGCUCAUCGUAAAUCUGAAAGCAGCCGCGGACGAGGUGAGGGCGGCGCACGACUUUUCCGUGCUGCCGGAACACGCGCAGUACCCGUCGGCGACGGUGUACCUGUGCCACUCCGACGAACAUCUCAGCCGUCUUGUCGACACAAACAACGUCCGCGUGUUGUCCAUUGCGUUUCCUUCUUUUAGCGGGAGUGCUUUGGAGAAGCACUUUACGGCACUGGAAGUUCUCUACAUCAGGAACUGCUCUGCGCUUCGCGAUCUUGCCGUGCUGGCGCACUCGCACGCGUUGCGCCACCUUGUCCUUCACAACUGCGGAGUACGCGAUUUGAGCGCCCUCUCCCACAGCAGCGACUCCCUCCACGUACUGCACCUGACGCACUGUCCGAACCUCGUGAACCUGGUUCCGCUGGCAACGUUGACACGCCUCCAAGAGCUGCAUAUCAUCGACUGCAAUCUUGUCACCGACCUGUCCCUUCUGUCUCCCGUAACGUCCCUCACCGUCGUCCACAUCGCAAGCACCGCUCUUCACAGCAUAGACGGCUUGCAAGGAAGCGCGCCUACGUUGGAAGUGGUAGACCUACGGUGCUGUUCUCUGCUGACCGACAUUGCGGCUUUGCAGCAGGCGCCUCGCUUGCAGGAGGUUUAUCUUGGCUACACCGCAGUGGACAUCAUCACCGCCCUCCAACCGAGCGCCGCCUCCAUUCACACCAUCGAUCUGGAGGCGUGUGUCGGGAUUCGCGACUUUGCUGUACUCGGCACGCUGCGUGCACUGCGCACGGCAAACCUCAGCUUCACCGCCAUCACCGACUUAGCCCCGCUGGAAAGCAGCGCCGCGACGCUUGAAGUGCUGGAACUAGAGGGGUGCUGCAACGUGUCCGACACCUCGCCACUUCGGCGCUGUACAAAUGUGAAGCGCUUGGUCCUCGCCGGCACAGGUGUCUCGCACACGGAAGUGGUGGAGCGACUUGCGCCUGGGCUGCGCUCGCUAGACGUGAGUGAUUGCCAGCGUGUGUUGGACGUACACGCUCUGGGCACGGCGCCGCUGCUCGAGGAGCUUGACCUUUCGCACUUGUCCGUCAACAGCAUCGCAGUGUUGAAGGCGUGCGCCCCGCAACUCCGUGUGCUUCGCCUUUCCGGAUGCGGCGAACUCACCAACUUAUCUCACCUCGCCGCGGCAGCGCGGCUGCAGUGCGUGCAUUUGGACCGCGUCAACUUCAGCAGCGUCGCUUUUCUGCAGAACGCGGCGGCCUCGCUGCGCGUGGUGGACCUCAGCGGCAACGAGAAGCUGGCCGAUCUUUCACCGCUCCGCAACGCCGCUGCCCUCGUGGAGGUGUAUCUUGCCAAGACGGCUAUUCGAAACUUGAAGCCACUGGCAGCGUGUGGCGCGACGCUGGAGGUGCUCGACGUGAGCGACUGCGCCCACAUUCAUCAAAUUGCGGAGCUCACCCAUCACACUCGCUUAAGGCGGUUGAUUUUGCGCAACACCGCGGUUGAUGCUUUCUCGGAGGCGGACGUGCCGUCGUCGUCGCUCGAAGUGUUCGACGCGCGCGGGUGUACGAAGUUGUCUGUCGUCAGCGCCCUAAAGAAGACGGCGAGCUUGCGCACGGUAUUGCUUGGUCAGACAGCCGUGUCCGACCUUGCGUGGCUGCAGCCGUCUGUCUCGACGCUGCAAAGCCUUGAUAUGGCGGAGUGCACUAACUUGCGCACCAUCGACGUGCUCACCGGAGCGACACACCUGCGUGAGGUGAAUCUGCGGAACACCGGCAUCCGCCACUUGGCCCCGCUUUCGAACUGCAUUCAAUCGCUCGAAGUCAUCAACCUGGACGGCUGCGCCAAUCUUGCCGCCGUGGACCUGCUUUUCCGCGGCGUCAAGCUACGCGAGGUGCGGCUGACGGGCACUCCCCUCCAUGAAAGUGCGGCAGCGCUUGCCAUACUGCCGACGCUGACGACGCUCAGCCUUCAGGGCGACAUCACAAUGGCCGCCAUCCAGGUGGCGCCUGCUCGCCUCACCCACUUUCAGGUGGAGAGCCCCCACGUGGUGACACUCAACGCGCUUCUGUGCUGUGCGCCGCUUCUAGAGGUGGUCAUCGUGUCGCGCUGCUCCGCCCUGUGCGACAUCUCGGCGCUCUCGGCGGCCACGAAGCUGCGGCGAUGCCAUGUUGAUCAAACCGCCGUCACCUCCAUCGCCGCAUUCGUGGCCAGCGCGGCGUCGCUCGAGGCAGUGGACAUCAGCCAGACCAGCGGAAUCACGGACAUCUCGCCGCUGUCGCGCGCAACGCGGCUGAAGGAGUUCCACGCAGCGUCCACCGUGUUUAGUGACGUUGAAGCGCUGCGGGCGUGCGCCUCCGAGUCGCUUGAGAUGCUGAAUCUGAGCGGCAACUCGCACAUCGCAUCCGUGGCCGCGUUGGCGCCGGCACCCAUGCUGCGAGACCUCAACGUCAGUGACACCAACAUCGUUGAUCUAUCCGCUUUGCUGUCCUCGAGUUUGCUGCUGGAGAACCUGCACGCGGAGCGGUGCCGCGGUCUGCGCGACCUGUCGUCGCUGUCGUCGCACACACAUCUGAGAGAAGUUGACGCGAGCGGCAGCGACAUCAGCAGCAUCGAUGGCCUGCGUAGAAGCGUCGCGGCACUGGAAAGUCUCCGAUUGCAGGGGUGCCGCGCGUUGACGGACCUUUACGCUCUCAUCCCCUGCACCAAGCUGCGCGAAUGUUGCUUGGAUUUGACAGGGGUGCAAAGCCUUACGCCCUUGUGGUCCACCGCGCCGUCCCUGCGCAUUCUGGGUUUGGGCGGCUGCGAGAAGCUAGGGGACAUCUCACCCCUUACCGAGGCCACGUCACUUGUCGAGGCCAAUCUCGCCGGGACAACCAUCGCAGACUUGGGUCCGCUCAGCGCAAGCCGCGCCACGCUGGAGAAGCUGAGCGUCAACUCAUGCUCCUGCCUGACGCGCUUCUCGGCACUGGAAAAGCACACAAACCUGCGGGAGGUGGAGUUCAAAAACACCAAGGUCGCUGACCUGUCGUUCCUUCGCUCCUCCUUGGGUUCGCUGGAGCUUAUUGACGUGCGCGGUGCGAAUGGUGUCGCUAGCUUAGAUCCUUUGAUCGGCGCCAAGAAGCUGCACACGGUGCGCCUGUCACAGACAAACGUGCGAAGCAUAGCGCCGCUGCGAGCGAGUGCGCACACGUUGAAGGAACUGCUUGUGGGUCGGUGUGCCAUCGCUGACUUUACUCCGCUCAACGAAGCGACGCAGCUGCGUACAGUCGACCUAUCGGAAACCCGUGUUCAAGACCUGCGGUGGCUGGUGAACAGCGUGCCAACUCUCACCACCAUCGCACUGAAUCGCUGUUUCAACCUUAGCAAUCUGUCACUCAUCGCGAGUGCGCCGCGACUGGAAAGUGUGGACAUCACAAACGUACCUUUAACGCAAAAGUAUGCAUUCCGUCCCCUGUGGCCCAAGCUGCGCGAGCUCCAAGCAGGCAACAGAAUCCCCGACGUCGUGCCUUCCAACGAUUUUUUCCCACUUGGGUUUCUCGAGUCGUGCGCGACACUCACAACUCUUACGCUUUCGGGUCUCUGUCUGAAAAACCUCCAUCUCCUCCACACGUGUGCGCCGGCGCUGCAAGCUGUCUUCCUGACCCACUGUCGCAACCUCGACGACAUUUCGGCCCUCUCUGGUGCUGUACACCUACGUUUGUUGAGUAUCCGACACGCUGCCAUCACCAGCAUUGAGGAUGCGCGCCCUAUUGCACCGUCGCUUGAGGUGGUGGACCUGACGUGCUGUUCCAGCCUGAAGAGCAUCUCUGCACUGUCGCAGUGUCAGAAACUGCAAAAGGUGUUCCUCUAUGGAUGCAUUUCGCUGCAGAGCAUUGAGCCGCUGCGCUCGAGUGCGGCGACGCUACGUGUGGUGAAUCUGUCCAUGGCAGUUCAUGUACCUUUGUUGGAAUCGCUGGCAGCCGCCAUGCACCUCACCUACGAUCCCGUGGACGACGCGAGCAUCGUCAGCUGCGAAGCGCUGCGUAACAGCGCCGCCGCCCCCGCCACUGCGUCGGCGACGCAAAGUAGAAAUACUCCGGACACAUUGGUAGAUGCCGCAGCUCCGCAACCUGACGACGUGCGUGUUGGCCGCAGCGGUGCUGGCCGCAACCUAGCUUUCCGUUCCGGCGGCACAAGACGUCGUAGGUACUGA